CGCGCUCUUGGCUUCUGGAGAAGUCAUGCGGAGAACCCCGUGGAGCACCCAAGAGCGCCCGAAGCGCCCUUACGUAGCCAUUUUGCCUCAAGCGGCGCGACGACCCUCGGCCUGCCGCGUGGCGGUGCGUGCCCACGCGCGCCGCGGCAGCCUGCCCUCGCACACGGCGGCCCUGCCGGCUGCCCCUGCUGCCUGCGAUGGGCGCCGGCCACGCGCGCGGCGCGCACUGGAGCAGCUUCGCUUCGCACGCCGCGGACGAGCACCCCAGGGAGGAUCAUUUUGCCGCGGGCGCUGGCUUGUUCCUACGAAGGCCACUCGAUUCAGAAUGCGGUGUUCCCAUUCCGCGGAGGUGUCGUGCGAGCAGGAGUGCCGCCCACAUCGGCAGUUUUCUAAGCUCCAAGACUGCUGGAGGCGCGCCCGUGGUCAAAAUCAGGAACGAGGACGUGGACGGGAAGUGUUUCGACGGGGCUGGCAUGAACCACGUGAACUCGAUCAGGUAUUUCAUGGACAGGGGCACUAACGAUGAGCCCCUCAGCAUGCCAGGCAAGGACAAAGGAUACUAUGUUCUACCAGGUCCCAUCCCGGCUGUCAUCUACGAGGACACUCCCUCGUGUCCGACGGGGACGUCUCGGAUCCACUAUGUCGGACCAGACUUCGCGCGCUACCCGCCCGUGCAGCCCCAGUGGUCCCGGUUUGGCCUGACGAACGGGACCGAGAAGGAGCCUGGGCUCGAGAGGUUGCACACUUAUCACGCUGUCACCGCCAUAGAUCCGCCAUUCGUUCUUGACGCCAUGCGGUGGGCGAUGAAGAAUGACAAGUGCUUCAAGACGCCCACUGGCGCCAUGGUGCUGACGUGGCAGGUCGCGAACAAUAACCGAGGGAAGACCUGCCAGCCGGACAUGGACGCCGACCCCAUACCCACGGCGACCCUGAGCACCAACUGAGGCUGGCCGGGCGACCAGCAGCGCAGCCGCCGCGCCGCCCCCGGCUUUCCACGGCGCGGCGGAGGGAGGGAGCGCCACGGGGAAGCAGAAAAAAAGAGCGCCCAGGGAGCGCCCAGAAGUCCGGGCUGUGGGCCCUUUGAAUAAGAUUUACACCUUCGGAGACGCCUACACGCUGUUCAUUUCUAAUGAUUCGAAGGUUCUUUGAUUUUGGG